AUGCAUAUCGGGUAUUAUAUGGACGUCCUCCAACGCCGUCAACAGCAAGGGCCCGACGGCGUUAACAUCCUACACCAUCAAAGCCCGGACGGCGCACCAGUCCGACGCGUCAUCAAUAGUACGCUGUUCGUUGAUGAUGCGCUAGACAUUGCCACCUCGUACACUGGUAUUCAACACCGGGCUACAACAUCGAACAUCUUCACGGGCAUUCACGGAUCCGGGGGUGUAUUCGGGGCGGCGAAAUCGUUCAUGAUAUACUACUCCCCCAGUGGCCUGCACUACCCCACAGUCGACCUCAAUGACGGCCUCGGCCUACCCCAACCGGUCACUAUGGCACCACCGAUGGAAGGGUUCAAGCACCUCGGUAUACAACAAGGCUUUGGUGGUACGUGGGACAUCACAAUCAGCGCCACCUGGACGAAAUUAAAGCAGGACGUUCACCGCGCAGCCGCUUGCCAGCUUACAAUACGCCAAUUUCAAUACCUCGUCAACUCGGUGUGGUUGCCACGGAUACUUUACCGUACGACGCUCAGUCCGGCCAUCCACGUCGCAUCGGCCUUCGAUACUCUCAUACGACGGGCAGCACGGCGCAACUUCCGGCUCCCCUAUUGCACACCACGGGCGUUCUACUACGACACGGUCCAUGGGCUUGGUCUCCGAGCAUGUGAAAACCACAGUGAGGUGGCGCGAAUACAUGCAGUACUCCGCAUCUGCAACACGCCUGGUAGUCCAGUCUAUGAUGUCAUGAUGGAGGCACUCGAAGACUGGGCUAAACGUCACGGACUUACAACACACCCACUGGCACAACCUGCACAGAUGAAACCGGCCGACACGUCAUUCCUUGGUACAACGCUCGGUCUCCUUGCGAAACACGCGGCCACCUGCGGUGUAGUGGCGCGCUGGACUUCACCCACGUGGCAGGCAUCGAAGCGUUACAAUGACCGGCCCAUCCUCCCACUGCUGGAAGGACAACAGGUCGGUGCACUCAUGGUGAUUAAUCGACGCUUCCCAUGGCAACUCCGGCACGUCGGUGACGUCUGCAACAUCGAUGGGACAUAUGUAUUAGACGACGACACAUUAGCGGUCCGCACGGGGGCGCGCUCGCCACGGCCGGCCACAACUAUGGGCAACUACGUCGAUACACCACUUUAUGGCCUCGUGCUCCGGGCGGUGCUGCUAACCCGGCCGAACUCGCCGGACGAACUCAGCUAUGUCAUCGGCCAACGGACGGCUCUGGCCACCCGCACCGAUGCCUCCGGUAUCCAGCUUACGAUCACCAACUGGCACGAACACCGGAGGGGGUCAGGUAUAUGGUCGGCACCGCGGCCACACCACUGGCGCGGCCGGACGCGAUGGGAACACGCCUCCAACUGCACGCCUAUUCAGAUCGUCUACUCACCGCGGCGGAUGCGUACGACCACGGUGCUCGUCUGGACGGACUCACACUGCGGCGGCCGUACGGGUCUCAACUCCCGGAAUAUUGUUCUGGACACAUACCGACGGGACAGGGCCCGAAUCGAACAGGCCCACGGGGCAGCCGACGCUGGACUCUGCACGUACUGCUCUCGUCCCCCGGGGUUAAAUGAGUGCGGUAGGUGCCACCGGGUGCAUCAUGCACACUGCGCGCCUGCUGAGUGCGAGACCGCGCCCCCUUCUCCAUGGCAAACACUCCACCACCAGUCGUUUCCGACACAGCAGGGCCACUCCAGCAGACCCAUUACCCUACCGGCCGGGGACGGCAGUGUCCUCCGAGGGGGUACACCUACGGCACAAGGUAGCUGGGCAGUGCAACAUGGCGCGACCAUCGUCUACGGCCGCACGUACUGCAACCCCGAGGACCUCUCCUCAACACGUUGUGAAUCACACGCGAUCAUCGCCGGCACCGUUCUCGGCCACGAUCUCGGCCCACAGAUAUGUGACAAUACGAGCGCUGGGGCCAUCCACCGCGCCGCACGCCGUAGGAUGCUGAAACCGUGGCCGAUCCGAUACAGUCACCCUUUCCGCGCGGAACUCCGGGGCCUCAUGUCGGUGAUGCGUCCAAGCGGCUCUUUCCAUACUGUGUGGGUCCGAUCCCACCAGGAACAUGAACAUACAACCGACCGGCAACUGCAAGCACAACGGGAGGCACUCGCGACAGUGGACACACUGGCUACGGAGGCUCAUCACAGUGAUAUGCCCAGCCCACAAACGCUUCCCAUUAUACUCGAUACUUGGCAACUCAUCGACCACAACGGCCGCCCGGUCAUGGGCAACACACUCCGCUGGCUAGGCAACUGGCUUGCCACGAACAAGUGGGCGGACCAACAAGCGGCUUACUCCACGGACCGCCGCACUAUACUGCCCACCGGACUCGAAACACCGAGAACGUGCGGCUGGAAGAAGGGCCUCACACGGUUCUACUGGCGGACUAUCGCGAUGACUUUACAUACCAACGCAGCGAAACACCGGUUGGACGGCCGUUGGGGUCCGCACUGCCGACUCUGCUAUGAAAACCCGCGCGACACGGUCGGCCACCGUUUCGGGAUCUCGGCACCGACAUGCUCUGAAUCCUGUCACCUCGAUAGCCGUCUCGGACAUCGACUGCAUAAAACAUGCACGAUGAGCUGGCUACCGGACCAGCACAUAUACCCACCACGGAUGGCUCAAGAAAUGGCAAUUACGUUCGAUUUACCACUGGCCGAGGCAUGGCACGAAAAUGAACGGCAACGGCCCACACAAAGUACAACAUACCAACCCAUGAUCAUGCUCACCGGCUCCUGGCACAUGCAUGGGCUCCACCUCUCCCGACUUACGCAGCUUCCGCUCGCCAGUACCUCCGCCGGCCAACUUAUUGCCCAAAUACGGUGGGAAAACAUGCAACUCCGCGCCGGCCAAUACGGGUACAUCACACCACGAUGGCUGGGCCGUACUGCGCUAUCCGCUCAACCCCUUCUGGCACAGCGCGAGAUAUGGCUCGCACAACAAAUGGGCACGGAACAGCCGGCUACAUACAACGGCCCCUGGGACAGCUGCAGUACACGAAAGGAAGACGCCCCGGCACUAGGUCACCGGUUCUGGUGGAUCGAUGCUAUACUACAAGGCCGCACCGACCAAUGGUGGAGGACACUCGCAACCGAAAUCACAACGACGGCUGCAAUGGCCGGCCCGUAUGAGUAUUGGUGUAUCUGCUACAAAAACUCCACCGGACACCGCACACUGGACGCGUUAGGAGCCACGUGGAACCUGCAUAUCCCGGCGGGGCAACUACGAAUGCGCCACCACUCCACAAUUACGUACUCAUCGCCGCCAAGAUGGGCUGGGCUGACAAAUAUGAAUAAGGUGGACAUCCUCCUGGGGUUCAUUGUGUCACCAGACUCCGACACAAGCACGCUACCGACACACUGGGCCCACGCGCUUCAACACUGGGGCCAAAUGACGUGGCUCAUGAAUCCACCGCGCAACACUCUUCCCAGCCCCCCACCGGCCUACACCCAGGCAAUCCGAUGGGAUGCCGAUAACGACGGCGACCCAGAAGACCCGACGUGCCACGAGGUGCACAGCUGGCUGCGAGCCAGCUUCCCACAUAUAUACCGGGCACCAGCCGCAUGGCAACGGCUCCCGACUAUGACUAACAACACGCUACAAUGGGCCAUUGCACUCUCUCUCACCCCACGCCUCGGCAAAGACUUUCACCGCCGAUGGUUCACUACCCAUUGGACUACACUACACGCAUACUGGACCCACACGUGUCACGAACAAUACGUAGCUACCGCACAGGACGGCGAUACCGCACUAGCACAAGCGGUCAACACCGGCAUCAAACAGCGCCGCCGGGCUCACGAUGACACCCCGGCUGCCAUGGACACAAACCUACGCCAAGCGAAAGCCCGCCGGACCCGUGACAUAGACACAUGGCUUGGGCAGCGGGCAAAAGGCCUUCUCGGCAGCCCCGCCGCAUCACACGACCAACAAAUCGUUACACGAACGCGACGACGCAGACCACUGCGACGACCACCGGAAACAAGUGCUGCAAGGCACCAACAACUAUAG